UAAAAUAUAUAAUUAGAUAUUUUAUUCGUGCACAUUGUUCGCUUAAUAAUUAUUUAGUUUACAUCUGAGGAUUUAAUUUAUUCAUAAUUCUUACGUAGUAGUACGAGUUGAAGAAAACUAGUGUUUAAUAGUCAUAAUAGUUUUAGGGACUACAAGCAGACCAACAGCCGUUUCCUGUAUAUACAGGUGUUACUGUCAUCUUAAAAAAAUCUAAUUGCAAAUCUAAACCAUUCUUGAAUCUACUUAAACACAUAAAGUUUCAUGAAAAUCGUCCCAAUUUACUUACUGUAACACGGUAACACGCAAAGGUUUAUAAAUAAAGAUAAACCGUUAAGCACUAAAUCAUGAUCAUCAAAAUGUCAAUUCUCCGAGCGUUGUGUUCUCGUAUACGACUCUUCCUGGACACGAUAAUAGAUUUUGUAUUCUCCUUAUACUGGGAAUGCAAGAAUACAAAGUUGCCAGACUUGGACGAAAAGCACGCAUUUCUCACAGAAAGUGCUGUAUCCUUAGCAAAGAAGAUUAAGUCGAAGCAAUUGAAAUCUGAAGAUCUGGUUAAAGCCGUUAUUGAGAGGAUAAAACAGGUGAAUCCAAUUUUAAAUGCAGUUGUAACAGAAAGAUAUGAAGAUGCCCUAAACGAGGCUAGAGAAGUAGACCGGCAGGUCAGCGCUGGCCUUUCUGAACACAUGGCAAAGAAACCGUUCCUGGGCGUACCAUUCACAAUGAAAGAGAGUCAAGCAUGGAAAGGCAUGCCUUUGACCCUUGGGCUCUGGAGUCGCAGGAACGAAAGAGCUGUAGAAGACAGUGAGGCCAUCAUAAGGUUGAGAGAAGCAGGUGCCAUUCCCUUAGCCGCAACUAACCUACCAGAACUUUUAAUAUGGCAAGAGACACGUAACCCAGUGUACGGUAUGACAGUUAACCCUCAACACACGGGCAGAACUCCUGGUGGUUCCAGCGGCGCUGAAGCGGCCCUUACUGCCACUUAUGCAACUUCUAUUAGUCUUUGUUCUGAUGUUGGAGGUUCAACUCGGAUGCCCGCCUUCUACUGUGGAAUGUUCGGACACCACCCCACCGCUAACACAACUUGUAUGAGAGGCGUCCUCUUUCGUGAGGGCAACGAAGAAUCCAUGUUCUGUCUGGGCUUCAUCUCCAAGCAUGUCGAAGAUUUAGUUCCUCUCACCAAGAUAAUAACGGCCCAAAAAGCUGAUAAAUUAAAUUUGGACAGACAAAUAAAUUUAAGGAACGUAAAGUUUUAUUAUUUGGAUUCGAGCAGCGAUUGUCUAGUCAGCCCAUUGCGAUCAGAAAUGACAGAAGCGAUAAUGAAGGUCGUUGAGAACCUUAGAGGGAAGCUUAAAGUGAAAGUUGAGCCGUAUCAUCACAAGGGUUUUGACUACAUGUACCGGUUAUGGAGUUACUGGAUGAGCAAGGAGCCUGGGAACUAUUUCAAGCUGGCGACCAACAGUGAUGUAGAACUCAAUGCGUGGGCUGAAAUGGGUAAAAAGCUCAUAGGAAUAAGCAAGCACUGUCUCUUCCUAAUACUGCGGUGUCUGGAGCUGAGAGCGUUCCCUCAACUGGACAGCGUGUGGGCGGAGAAAAUCACACAGGAGCUGAAAGAUGAUCUGGCUAACAAACUUGGUGACAAUGGAGUUCUUCUGAUGCCGAGCGCGCCACACGCUGCUCCGUAUCAUUACUCAUUCUACCUUCGACCUUAUAACUUUGCCUACUUUGGUAUCGUCAAUGCGCUCAAACAUCCAGCUACUCAGGUUCCCCUGGGCACCAAUAGCAGAGGAUUACCAUUGGGACUUCAAGUCCUUUCAACACCAUACAACGAUGCGGUGUGUCUUGAAGUUGCGAAAUAUCUAGAAAAAGAAUUCGGCGGCGCCAUAAUGCCUUGUGCACUUAAAAACAAAGCGUAGGCGAUACUUUUUGUGUUCCAGAAAUAAUAGAUAUACGUCAAAAAGAUUUUCGUACAUCUAUUGUUUCUGGCAUGGAAAAAAUAUAUGUACCUUAUGUCAUGUGAUUGUCGAUUGUGUCGAUUGUAAAGUAAGGUUAAAGGUGAAUAUUUCGUUAAAGAAUCUGAUUUUACUGGCUGUAAAUAUUUAGAAUUAUUAAAAAUAUUGGUGGCUUUUA